AUGGUUGGGGAUGGUCCACUCAUUUUGGUACUUUAUGUAGAUGACUUGUUCAUUAGUGGAGGAGAUGGACUCAUAACUAGUUACAAUGAAGAUCUUGCUUCAGAGUUUGAGAUGGAAAUAGAACAGAUGCAUUAUUUCUUGGGAUUUGAGGUUUGGAAAGAGGAUGGGCAUAUCAUUCUGGGGAAAGGGAAGUAUGUUACAGAUAUUUUGAGGAGGUUUCAUAUGGUGGGCUGCAAACCCAUGACCACCAAUUGGAAGAAGUUGAGUACUUCUGAGUCAGAGUUGGUGGAUGCCACGUUGCAUCAUCAGUCGAUUGGCUCCUUGAUGGGUGAUGGAUUUAGAUUGGUUGGUUAUACGGACUUGGACUGGGCAGGUUGUGCUACAGACAGGAAAAGCACUUUAGGGUGUUGUUUUGGAUUGGGCUUGACAGUUGUGUGUUGGUUUAGCCAGAAAGAGAAGGUAGUGGCUUUGAAUAUUGUUGAGGCUGAGUAUAUUGCAGCUAGUUAG